AUGAAAGAAAGUGCAGUAAUACGGUCACGGUUACUGUUUCAGACGGCCAUAUUGGAAGCAGGUUCAACGACCAUACCUCUAGGGGGCAGUGUAACACUGAGCUGCUCAGUGGAGCCCUCUGCUGGAUGGAAAUACAGAUGGUUCAGAAAAACCUCAGACACUUUUGUUGAAUUCAGCACAAAUAAUGAAGAAAACAGAGAUAUCACUGUGAGACAAGGAGGAAUCUACAGAUGUAAUGGAGUGAGAGGAAAUCCUGCCUUCACCAGCAAUCCAAGUCGUGACGUCACCAUUGAGAUAACCUUUUCCAACAAGGUUGUUGUGACUCGACGACCAAACUGGCCUCAGAUGUUCAGUGGUGAGACGAUCACUCUGACAUGUGAGGUCCAGGGAGGAGAAACCACUGAGUGGACGUAUGAAUGGAAGAGAGAUGGAUUAGUUGUAGACUGGAUAAACGGUAAAGACUCGACUUUCAUUGUCUCUGAGUCCAGCAGUGGAGACUACAUGUAUAAACCCAGAGCCAAACUGACAAAAGGUCCAACAACCAUACCAGUAGGGGGCAGUGUGACACUGAGCUGCUCAGUGGAGCCCUCUGCUGGAUGGAAAUACAGAUGGUUCAGAAAAACCUCAGACACGUCUGAAGUUCAAAUCAGAACAAAUAAUGGAGAAAACAGAUAUAUCACUGUGGCACAAGGAGGAAUCUACAGGUGUGAAGGAGUGAGAGGAAAUCCUGCCUUCACCAGCAAUCCAAGUCGUGACGUCACCAUUAAGAUAACCUUUUCCAACAAGGUUGUUGUGACACGACGACCAAACUGGCCUGAGAUGUUCAGUGGUGAGACGAUUACUCUGACAUGUGAGGUCCAGGGAGGAGAAACCACUGAGUGGACGUAUGAAUGGAAGAGACCUGGGUUGGCUACUCACAGGACAAACAGUAAAGAUUGGACUUUCAUUGUCUCUCAGUCCAGCAGUGGAGACUACAUGUGUCAGUGUAAACUCAGAGAUGACCGGUAUUCUUCAACUCAGAGAAGUAACGCCAUCACACUGUCAGUUUCUGGGAAGCCAAAGGCCCAAUUGGAUCGUAAUAAUGCAGAGUUACCACCAGGAGGCAGAGUGACACUGACCUGUACAGUGAACUCAUUAUCAUCAUUCUCCUACACCUCAUCCUCCUCGUCUGCUUGGAAAUAUGUCUGGUACAGAGGUGAAAACUGCUCCGAACUUCUGACCGGAGAAGAAGCUGUGUUCCCCUCAAAUGGAGAAAUUAAUGUCUCAGAGGAAGGACUGCACUGGUGCAGAGGAAAAAGAGGACAACCAGUUUACUACACCAUCCUCAGUGAUCCCAUCAGCAUCGAUGAAGCGUCAUAA